AGAGAGAGAGAGAGAGAGAGAGAGAGAGAGACCUUUGUCACAAUGUCAUGACUGAGAACCACACAUAUAUUAUAUACGGUGUUUGCCUACGACGCAAUAAGCCGAUAUUAAAAGCAUAUCCAUCCAGAAACAAUGCUGUGCAAAUAUAAGAACAAACUCAAUCUGUGUACAUGUAUAGUGCUGUUCUUACAGCUUCUAUCCUGGACUGCAGCGCGGUCUUGUGCCAGAAACUGUGGUGAGAAGUUGAACACAUGCUCCUGUCACGCCACAUGUGAAUCUCUGAAGGACUGCUGUGCUGAUUAUAGACACUUUUGCCUUGAAAUUGAGCCUCACUCCGGGUCUUUGCUGGGAGGCACAGACUUUAAAAUCCUCAACGCUACAUUUGAACAGAACAUUAACCUCACUUGCAGGUUCAGCUCAGAGAUUUUGAUGGAGGGUUAUGUGGACGAGAGCGGUGCGGGUCACUGUAUUUCUCCUCUGCUCUAUGAGUCUGGCUGGAUUCCGUUUGAAGUGUCCACUGAUGGACUGAAUUAUGACCGAUCAGGGAAGUGGCUCUCAGUUCAUCACAGUAAACUGGGUCCUGCUUAUAAGAUCAUUCUGGGUAACGCCACACAGUGGCAGUAUUACGGCACUCCAGGAGUCAGCGGAGAUCUGAAGAUGAUAUGGAUUUCAUCUCUAAUAAAAACAGAGAGAGUCAAUGUUGAGCUGUGGGGUUACAGUGAGAUUGGAGAUGCAUAUUCUGCUAACUGGGAGGCGGAGUGGAAGUAUCUGUACAGCGUGGGCAGAGAUGUGCCCAAUACUGGUGUUUUCAGUUUCACCCCUCAAAUCGCAGAUAAACCUUACUCUCUCUGGGACCUGGGGAGCAUGAGGAUCAGUCCCAGCACCAAACCUGACGGGGCCCGAGAUGUUAAUGCCCUGUGGAGCGGAGCACAUGCGGUCGCCUGGCAUCUAGAAGAGGCCUUCAGAAAAGACUCUGCAGGCUGGGCUCUGGAGAAGUGUGUUCUUUGGGAUAAAGAAGAGAAAUCAAUGCCUGACUUCUUAACAGAGAUCACAGACUGCCCCUGCACACUGGCCCAGGCCCGCGCUGACACUGGGAGAUUUCAUACUGAUUAUGGCUGUGAUAUUGAGGCCGGGAGUCUCUGUGUUUACCAUCCAGGUGCAGUUCACUGCGUCAGAGCCAUUCAGGGCAGUGCUGAAUAUGGAGCAGGUCAGCAGUGUUGUUACGACAGCACUGGAGCUCAGGUGCUCACGGGGGACUCUAUUGGAGGCAGUACCCCUGAUCGAGGGCAUGACUGGGGGGAUCCACCAUACAAGAAACCCCCCAGAGUUCCUGGGUUCUCCCACUGGAAGUAUGAUGUAAUUAGUUUCUACUACUGCUGCCUGUGGUCAGACAACUGUGAAUACUACUUCACUCACCGGCCAUCCAGCGACUGCAGAACAUAUCAACCACCUAGAGCAGCUGCUGUUCUUGGUGACCCACACUUCAUCACAUUUGAUGGUGUUACAUUCACCUUCAAUGGGAAAGGAGAAUACACUCUGGUUCACUCUCCAGCCUAUCAGCUGUCAGUGCAAGGCAGGACUGAACCAAUGAGAUUUGAAAAUGGAUCUUCUGCUCUUGCGACUCGACUCAGUUCAGUGACCAUGAAGGAGAAAGACUCUGACAUCAUCGAGGUGCGUCUCGCAGACACAGCAGACCAGCUUCAGGUCUUCAUGAACCAGCAGGAGCUUUCAUUCUCUGAGCAAAAAUGGAUUGAUCUCAAAGGUGUUUUUGUUUUUUCCCCAAAGCCGUCUAAUGUGACGGUGAUGUUUCCGUCGGGCGCUGGGCUGGAGGUCAGGACAGGUGCAGGGGUCAUGACCCUCACUGUCCUGCUGCCCCAUGACUUGCAGAACCACACGCUUGGCCUGCUGGGUACAAUGAACGACGACCCACAGGAUGAUUUUACUUCCAGUGACGGCACCAUCAUUCCCUCCAACAGCAGCACACAGGACAUAUUCAGCUACUGCGCUGGCUGGGCCAUCACCAAUGAGACUUCACUGUUCACCUACGACACAGACCACCUCCUGAAUGAAUAUUAUUAUGCUCCAAAGCACGAUCCGUCGUUCAAUCCAAACUUUUCCAUGACUGAAGACCCUGCGGAUCCUCUUGUGGAGGCGACGCUGAGGCUGUGUUCAGGAGACGGUGCAGACUUCUGCAAAUAUGACACUCUGAGCAUGAGGAGUCUGGAGCAGGGGAACGCCACGCUGAGGGCAUACAGGAGCCACACGGACACACAGACCGCACUGGAGCCUGUGCAGUCCUGUGGUUGGUUGUCUCCACCAAACCACGGUCAGAAGGAAGGAACCCUGUACCUGGAGGGGGCGACGGUCUCAUUUUCCUGCAACAGUGGAUAUGGUCUCUAUGGGUCUCAGAAUCGCACCUGUCAAGCAGACGGGACGUGGUCUGGACAGGACACUCACUGUGUGGCUGAUAACACGUUGGCCAUCGUCUUGGGGAGUGUUGGUGCGGUGCUGGCAUUGGUUGUCAUGGUUAUAGCGAUCGUUGUAUACUCAAAGAAGCAGAAAAAGUGA